UCUUCAGUGCUGCUGUUGGCCGUGAGGAAGGAGGUUUUUCUUGGUGGCUUUAUUUUUUUCUUACCCUUGAGAUGUCUCUGAAAAUGGAUUACAGCUCAUUUCCCCGAGACUGCCACACCAUGGACACACUGGAGAGGCAGCUCAUCUGUCCCAUCUGCUUGGAAAUGUUCUCCAAGCCCGUGGUCAUCCUCCCCUGCCAGCACAACCUGUGUCGGAAAUGCGCCAAUGACAUAUUCCAGCUUAGGUGCCCCGUAUAAUUUCCCUUUCAGUCCCGAGGGACCACGCUGGGUUCCAGCGGAAGAUUCCGCUGUCCGUCCUGCCGCCACGAAGUGGUCCUCGAUAGGCACGGGGUGUAUGGGCUCCAGCGGAACCUACUGGUGGAAAACAUCAUCGACAUCUACAAGCAGGAGUCUGCCAGCCCAAAGCCGCUACUGAAACCCGAGUGUCCCACCUGCGAGGAGCACGAGGAUGAAAAGAUCAACAUCUACUGCGUCACGUGCUGCGUGCCCACUUGCUCCCUCUGCAAGGUGUUUGGGGAGCACCAGGCCUGCCGAGUAGCCCCUCUCUCCGACGUGUACGAACAGCACAAGUCCGAGCUGACUGCCGGAAUUCGAACCCUGGUGGCCUCCAAUGAACGGAUCCAAGCGCUGAUAGCAGAGCUGCAGAACACCUGCCGGAAUGUGGAGGAUAACUGCAAGGCUCGGAAACAGACGCUGUGCGAGAAGUUCGAGCGCAUGGCCGGGAUACUGGAGGAGCGUAAGGAGAUCAUGCUUCAGCGUGUGUCCUACGAGCAGGCGGAGAAGACCCGCCAGCUUCGAGCCCUGAGCGAGGCCUACGAGGCUCGUGUGGAGGCUGCUUCCAAACUGGUGGACACAGCUUUGCAAGCUGCCGAGGAACCUCAGGUCCCGCUCUUCCUACAGAAUGCCAAGGUUCUUAUCCAGAAAAUUGCUGAGGCUGUAGGUAGCCCAGAGCUGGAAACCCUGGAACCGGGAUUUGACAACAUGGAACAUUAUGCAGUGGACUUCAACGAAGAGGAACGGGCACUUUACCAGCUGGACUUCAUCAAGAGUGGGCCCCAUCUUGUCGUGUUCCCCUUAAAAAUCUUGUGUCUCUCUCGCAUACGCUGUUCCCAAGGCUCUUGUACCCUUCCCCCUAGUCACUUUGGUCCAUUUUCUGCGUCUCCACUCCUGUCCCCAUGUACUCUCUGUCUCCCUUCUGUAUUCUCCAGCCUCUAUCUUUUGAACUCUGUUCCCUAAUUGUUGUUCCCUCAUGGCCACGGUCUCUUAUUCCUGCAUUGCUCCUUAGUCUCCUCUUCUUUCUGCCUCUUAUGUACAGUUUGUUUUCUUUUUGUCAUUCUCCCCUGUCCUUUACUCCCUGCUUUUCCUUUCCCUUGUCACUGUCUCCAUGUCUCACACUACUGUCCCCUCUCCCUCCUCCCUUUCUCACCCUCUUGUAGAAAAAAAGUCCU